UGUUAUGUUCUUCUCCUCUCCUCUCACCCAUGGAGCUCAGGCAAGGACACAGUUAACAAUCAGCUUGUCUUUUAUCAUCCUGGCUGUGAAAGUACGAGCGCCAUGGUAACGCUGAAUCGCUUGAGUGUAGCAGACCUGGACGACAGCUCUCAGCAGCUGCCUGAGGCCGCAGAAGCGGCAACCCCAAGACCAGCCUUUCACAGGAAGAAAGUGGUCCCAAAGACUGACUCCAGAGAUGUUUUUCUCAACAGAGAGGAGAACCUUUUCUUUAGCCUGAUGCUGCUGAUCGGAUGUUAUUUGGCUAUUCUGAUUCCUGCUUAUCUCCCCGCGGACAAGGUGGCAGCUAUCAGAGACGACUAUCAACAACCCAAAGAUAUGGCCGUACUAAAUCGGUCAGCCUCUCUGCUGGCAGGACCUUGUCUGCCUCGCUGGUGUCUAAACCACCUCAAGCACCUGUCUUGUCCUGUUGGCCUCCAAGACAUCCCUGUGUUUGUACAGCAGGAGAGGCGUGAGCCAUGGAGUCUGUCUCCUCCUCUUGGGUUUCAGGGCAUCGAACAGCAUCUCGCUGUAGCGCUCGCCACUCUGCCUCAACCUGGCCUGCCUCCAUCAUUGAAGAGAGAAGGCAGCUGCACGCGAUGCGUGGUCGUGGGUAGUGGAGGAAUUCUUCAUGGGAGCCAUCUUGGAUCACAUAUAGAUCAGUAUGACAUCAUUAUCAGGCUGAAUAAUGCUCCGGUGCACGGCUUUGAGAGAGAUGUUGGUUCGAGGACAACCAUCCGCCUGACGUACCCAGAGGGAGCACCUCACUCCUCAAACGAGUACAGAAAGACUAGCAUAUUUGCUGUGGUGGUCUUUAAGAGCCUCGAUUUAGACUGGCUUACUUCUGUCAUCACCAAACAACCUCUGAGCUUCUGGUCCAAAAUGUGGUUCUGGAAGGAAGUUGUGGAUCAUAUCCCCCUGACACCAGAGAGCUUCAAGAUCGUCCACCCAGAGAUUAUUCACAAGAUGGGCCAAGUUAUAGAGAAAUAUGAACUGAACCAGAGAAAUAACAUAUUGCCAACAAUUGGUGCCACUGGAGUGGUGAUGGCUUUGCAGAUGUGCGACCAGGUGAGCCUGGCUGGGUUUGGGUAUGACAUGCAGCACCCCGAGGCCAGGCUUCAUUAUUAUGAGGCCAUACGCAUGGACACAAUGAAGUCUCAAGUGGUGCAUGAUAUAACUGCUGAAAAACUCUUCUUGAAGGACCUGGUGGCUGCAGGCGUAGUGACUGACCUAACAGGAGGGGUAUGAGUCAAAGAUUGGUGAUAUACAGAACUGAAGAACCCUACACACUGCA